GCGUCGCCAUCUUUUCAACGAAUAUUUGUGUCUGCCGAUUUAUUCCGGUUCUUAAAAACCAAAUUGUUCCCAUUUUAAACACGAUUUCUAGUUCUUGAAAAUGAGGCCUUAGCCUAGGCCUUUGAAGAUAAACAACCUUGCCAUCAUCAGCGAUAUCAGCAAAAAAAUGGCUGAGCAACACCAACACAUGCAACAGCAGCAUCACCAGCAGGGUCAGCAUAUCACUGCCCAGAUCCUCAAUGUCCAGGGUGGUGUUGCAACAUUGGAUGACUCUACCCCGAUACAGAUCAUGAUGCCCACUGGUGUAGUAAAUGUGAUGGAGGAGCAGCAGCAGGUUCCUCAACAUGUCCAGGAAAUGCAGGAGGUCGUCCAAGAGGCUGUUGAAGGUACACAUGGCCCAUUGGAAGACCCAAAGCUUGCUAACAAGAAGGAGUUGAGCAAGCAGUGGAAAAGUCUUUGCAAAAGAGCAAAACAGUGGUGCAGCAUGCAUGAUGAUAGCGUCCCAAACUUUGUGAUGAUGUAUUUGGAUGAGAACCGUUUAGUUUGGGAGGGCCCUGACCAUAUGGAAUCAUUCAUCAGCGAUGAAGGUGUGAUCAGUGCUUUCCUCAGGACAGCUGCCCUGUCUGAAAGUCUCAUUGGCAUGGAGAAAAGGGGUGCUGAUGAGGUUCAAGAACCUGCACAGAGACCUGCCAAGAAGCAGAAGAAGGCGGCAGAGCCUGCAAGUGCUUCUAAAAAAAGUAUGACUGAUGAAGAAGUCAUAGCCUCGAUCCUUGAAAAGCCUGAAGCAGAAAGUCGAGAUUCUACCCAAGAUAUGGGAGCCGGUGGUGAUGAGAAUGACUCCGAUGGUGGCGCUGGUGGCCAAGCCGUUGAAGGAGACCAGCCAAGCCAGUCAACAUCUGAAGGGCCAUCCCAGGGUGGUGAGGGUGAUGUGCUCUCACAGGUGAUAGAGAGCGUGAUCAAAGAGUGGGCGCCAGGUCAAGGACCGCCCCCUCGUACUUCUCCAGGGGAGGAAGAAGGAGAUGGAAAUGUGCCUGAUGAAGCCUUUGGAACUGUGAAGAGCGAGAUCAUCGAGGUUCCUGAUCAGAAGCCUUCUGUCAGUCUCAUCCGUGGCUCUGCAAUGUCAAAAGUGGGAAAAGCUACUGCAUCUGAAUUGGCUUCGAAACGUGGCACAUCCACCGAAGGUGUUGUUGCGCUGGCGGUUGGUGAGGAGAACCUCGACGAUACGGGUGUCAAGCCAGAAUUUCUUUGCGCAUGUGGACUUGUCCUGCCAAGUAAAAAGUUGUUCCGGCAACAUUGUCUGACAACUCACAAAGGUCCAAGAGCAUUCCAGUGUCAGAUAUGUGAGAAGAUCUUUGCAACUGGCCAGAGGCUGAAGGGACACAUGUUGGUACACACGGAUGGUACUCACAAGGUUGCUGCUAUUCCUGCUGGCCCAACACUUUUUAAUUGUCCUGAAUGUCCAAUGAAGUUUAGUCUGAGAUUAGCGCUAAAAUACCACAUGAACAAAAAACAUGGCAAACCUUUAAGAGAUAAAAGUACCCAGGAAGAACACAUGUACAGCAGUCUGAGUGAAAACGUCACUUGUCGAAAAUGUUCAACCGCUUUCAAAACUAGGGGUGAAUUGAAAGAUCACAUGAAAACCCACAAACCAGAGAAAAAAUAUGCCUGUGACCACUGUGGGAAAAAGUUUGGCUACAGGUCAACAUUGAGAAAGCAUUUGGCUACACACCGCAAUACGGGUGCUGGGGAUUCUGAUGGGGAGAACUUGGGUGGUGGGGACGUGGAAGGUGGUGAAAAAAGUGCUUCAAGGCGGCCUUGCGUCUGUGAACAGUGUGGCAAAACACUGAGUUCAAGACGGUCACUCAAGAUGCACAAGUUGUGGGUGCAUCAGGGUGUCAAACCUUUCCCUUGUCCUCACUGCCCACGGCAAUACUGCCAGCGUCGCGAUUUAGAUCAUCACAUCAACAUCAAUCAUGGCAGUGCCAAGUUGCUGAAGAUUGAAGUGAAUCGUGACGGGCGGCGUGUCGUGUUGGGUCGUGGGAAACAUGCGUGUGAAAUUUGCCAACGUGAAUUCAGUAGCAAGCGGCCGCUUCAGGUCCAUAUGAGAAUUCAUACGGGAGAAAAACCAUUUUCUUGUGAAACUUGUCAUCGACCUUUUGCACGCAAGUCUGAUUUAGUGAAACAUGGUCGUCUUCAUACUGGAGAGAAGCCUUAUGAGUGUCCAGUUUGCCACAAACGGUUCAGGGCAAUCAGUAACAUGAAGCUGCAUGCGAGAAAAAAUUGUAGAUAUGAGGCAUUUGGUCCUCUGCCUCCAAGUGCUAUAUCUCCUGUCAAAACUGUCUAUGAAAAGGGCAACUACAGUGUAGUUGAUGUGAGUGAAGCUGCAGUGGAAGAGGUGUACACUCAGUUUGAUCAUCAGAUUGGUAGUAAGGAUGUUGAGCAGAUUGAAGUCUGUUACGAGACUGAUGGAGGCGUGAUAAGUGAAGGUCAUGUACUCCAACCCAUUGAUGGGGUUCCUGCCGGUAGUUACCAGGUCAUCAUUCCAACUGAUUCGGAUUCUGGUGGUCUUACCACAAUUGAGUUGCAAGAUAUCAGUCAGGCUGUAGCAUCGGCUGCAGAAUAUACUGAUCAAGGCAGACAGCUGGUCUACGUUUCCAAAAGCCUUUUGCAUGACAUUCCAUCUACCAGUGCAGUUGGUGCAGUGCCUGAACCGUCAACGAGUGAAAUCCACAUGGCUGCUGAUACCAUUGCAAAGAUUGAGGCUAUUCACAAUGCCCAGUUAAAUCGAGAGUACCAGACGUGUGAAGACAAGGAUGGCACCACCGAUGUGUACUUGCUGGCCUUGGAUGAAGGAAACCGACUACCAAAGGGUCAGCUGGUAAAGACGACACUGGGAAAGUCGGAUCUGAAGUCGAAAAGGGAGGCACAGUCUGAUGUCCUCACGAUUGUCCGCUCUCAGGACAUAUAUGUUUACAAAACUGUGGAACAUAAGGAACCUAGUUUUUCCUUGAAUAAAAAGAAGAGGAAGGGAGUUCCACGGCGUUUGCGUAAAUCUUUAUUACCAGCAAAGAAUAAUCGGGCUUACCACUGUAACCUGUGCAGCAAAACGUUCAAAACAUCGCAGAAAUUAACACUCCACUUGCGCCGACAUGCUGGUGAAAAACCUUAUCAAUGUGACCAGUGUGAUAAAAAAUUCUACAUGCGGUACAUGUUGCGCACCCAUGAAAAACUCACUCAUGAAGGACAGAGGCCAUUUGAAUGUGAACACUGUUCAGCUAAGUUUACUCAGAAACGCCACCUGAUAAUGCAUACUAAUAUUUACCAUAAUAAUAUUGUCAGGGAAAUGACUGUAAACCCUGAAGGUCGAUUGGUGCUGGCAAAAGAAAGAAACCAUAUCUGCGAGGCGUGCAAUCGUCCUUUUCUAAGCAAUUCUGAUCUUGCUCGGCAUUUGAGAAUCCACACCGGUGAAAAGCCAUUCAGUUGUGGAAGCUGUCAAAAAGGUUUUGCGAGAAAGUCUGACCUGACAAAGCAUUUGCGUAUUCAUACUGGGGAGAAACCAUAUGCCUGUUCUUAUUGUGGUCAAAGAUUUCGUGAACUGUCAAACAUGAAGUCCCAUGCUCGCACACACACUAAAGAACAAUGGACUUGUCAGAUCUGUGGAAAAGUUUUCCCAAGUUCCAAGUCCUUGAGAACACACAACUUGACUCACGCCCAGGGUGAAGCUGCUGUUGAAACAACCACUGCCCAAGAAGGUGCUCAGGAGCACAAUGAACAGCUCAUCGUGACCAGCUAUGAAGGCCUUCCUCAAGUUCCUGUUGCUAUAGUACCGACAAAGGCCUCCUUUCGAAGCCCAGUUAUGCUAAUCCCAACUCAACCAAGGGGUAUCAAAUUGUCAAUGACUUCAAAGCCAGACCAAACUGAUCCUAUUCCCCAUACCGAGUCUUCGAGAAAACGUGUGAAAAAGCUUGAAUCAGUGCCACAGCAGCAGCAACUGCAGCAACAACAACCCCAGAUUGUCCAUGUUCAAACACUGACCCCGCAACAGCAGCAGCAGCAGCAGCAACCCCUGCCACAAACGUCUCAUCACCAAGAGCACACCACCUUGCCGCAGCAGACAGUGGCCAGUCAUGUGUCCAGACCAUAUGAUGAAGAAGAAUUUAACCCGGCUGCUGUACUACAAUCUUUACAAAUCGGACCCCAGGUGCACAUCUCUACAACCCCACAGUCCAUGGGUGGACCAGUAUCAUAUGCCCAAGUGUAUCCUGCCCCUGGUGUACCAGUGUUCAGAAAUAUGUACUCUCAGCCUAUGACUAGUUACAUGACAUUCCAGAGUUCUCAUGACCAUGGGCAUGUGCAACACCCGGGUCCUCACAGUCAACACACUGUACAGCAUUCUGUUCCCCAUCCUGGUCAGGGACUCACUGGCCAAACUGAUGAGGAACAACAGCUCAUGAUGCAUCAGCAGCAUGAUCUGCAAAGUUUGUUGAGAAAGUAAAUUGUGGAACUGGAAUACCUGUUUGAGAAACAUUUACAUUUUCCCAUCAAAAGAACAGCUUAUCUUUCGUAAGGCAAAAUGAAUUGGCCAAAAUAGUUCUCCUCUCAGCUUGUAUAUUGUAUGCCAGGUUUUACCAUGUAGUGUAUAACUGGUUGCCAUAAUGCUAGAUUCAUGAUUUUAUCUCUAGUGGUUUUAAAAAACCAACUGACUAUACAGUAAUACAAUCAUAUGUAAUGCAAAAUUUCAUCUUGUGCAUGGCCUCCUAGUGUGGUAGGGAGCAUUUUGAAGGAUUA